UUCUAGAUGGAGCCCUUACGGGUCUUGGAGCUGUACAGCGGCAUUGGGGGCAUGCACCAGGCGCUGAGAGAAAGCGGUCUACCUGCACAUGUGGUGGCUGCCAUUGAUGUGAACACUGUUGCUAACGAAGUAUACAAAUAUAAUUUUCCUCACACACAGUUACUAGCCAAGACAAUUGAAGGUAUUACACUAGAAGAAUUUGACAGAUUAUCUUUCAAUAUGAUUUUAAUGAGCCCUCCCUGUCAGCCAUUUACAAGAAUUGGCCGGCAAGGUGAUGUGACAGAUCCAAGGACAAAGAGCUUCCUAUAUAUUUUGGAUAUUCUCCCAAGGUUACAAAAAUUACCAAAGUAUAUUAUUUUAGAAAAUGUUAAAGGUUUUGAAGUCUCUUCUACAAGAGACCUCUUAGUGCAAACAAUAGAAAAUUGCGGCUUUCAGUACCAAGAAUUUCUACUAUCUCCAACCUCUCUUGGCAUUCCAAAUUCAAGACUACGCUAUUUCCUAAUUGCAAAGCUUCAGCCAGAAGCAUUACCAUUUCAAGUCCCCGGGCAGGUAUUGAGGGAGUUCCCCAAAAUUCACUCUGAACACCCACAAAAACAUACAAUAGAUGCAGAAAAGAAAACUGAAGAAAAGAAAAUAGAAUCAACUACUUGCUUUGACAGUAACACGCAGUAUUCUCAAAAAGAGACUGUUCUUUUUAAACUUGAAACUGCAAAAGAAAUUGACAGAAAACAUCAACAGGACAGUGAUCUCUCUGUGCAGAUGUUAAAAGACUUUCUUGAAGAUGAUGUUGACGUGAAACAGUACUUUUUACCACCAGAGUCACUGUUGCGAUAUGCUCUUUUGUUAGAUAUUGUUAAGCCUACUUGCAGAAGGUCCACCUGCUUUACAAAAGGUUAUGGGAGGUACAUAGAAGGAACGGGAUCUGUGUUACAGACUACAGAGGAUGUACAGAUUGAGACUAUCUACAAAUCCCUUAUCAAUUUGUCAGAAGAAGAAAAGUUAACAAAAUUGUUAAUGCUUAAACUUCGAUAUUUUACUCCUAAAGAAAUAGCAAACCUCCUUGGAUUUCCUCCAGAGUUUGGAUUUCCUGAGAAUAUAGCUGUGAAACAGUGCUAUCGUCUACUUGGAAAUAGUCUCAAUGUGCUUGUAGUAGCUAAACUAAUAAACAUUUUAUGUGAAUAAGUUUGAAAUAAAUGUGAAGGAUCGUUAUGGCAAUUCCUUCAUGCCUGGGUAAUAAUUGUGAAAUUCUAUUUUGAAUUUUGAUGAAGUCCAAGUG